UAUAUGACCCAUAAAAUAGUCAAAUAAAAUUAAACCAACAUAUACUACCGUUGAAAUUAUGAGAGAGAGAAAGUGAGUGUUUGAAGGAAAUCUUGCCAUGGGGUGCGAUUUUCAGAGGAUUUUUCGUCAUCAAGUUAUGAUUUGAAGAUCAAAAUCAAUAAGCCCCCAUUAUCUUUAGGAUUUUCUAAUUUAUUUAUUUAAUUUUGAUUUAGUGCUAUAUAAGUGUUCUUGCUUCGAUACAACCCAACUUGGAGAUCUAAAUCAGCCUGGUUUUUUAAUUGCUGGAGUGAUGGCUAACAUGUUAAAUUCCGAGUCAAGGCGUAUGUAUUCGUGGUGGUGGGACAGCCACAUUAGCCCUAAGAAUUCAAAAUGGCUUCAUGAGAAUCUUACAGACAUGGAUGCCAAGGUCAAAUCUAUGAUCAAACUCAUUGAAGAAGAUGCUGAUUCCUUUGCAAGGAGGGCUGAAAUGUACUAUAAGAAACGCCCAGAGCUCAUGAAAUUGGUUGAAGAGUUCUAUCGAGCAUACCGUGCAUUGGCCGAAAGAUAUGAUUACGCAACUGGUGAGCUCCGUCAUGCCCAGAAAACUUUACAAGCAGCUUUCCCAGACCAAGAACAGUUCGCACUACCUGAAGAUUUAUCUACAGUGGGCCCCAAUGAUCAAAAGAACGGAUCUUUUGGUUUACAACUGUUUCUUGAAGGAAAAUUGCACAACGCAAAUCAGAAAGAUGAGUUGCAUAACGAGAACCUUCUUACUGAGUGUGAAGUUCAGAACUUAAAGAAGGCUCUGACUGAUCUACUUGCCGAAAAGGAUUCUCUUUUCGUUCAGUAUGAACGUAGUCUGGAGAAAUUAUCAAGUGUAGACGGAGAUCUUAACAUAGCACUAGAAAAAUCAAAGAUUCUUGAUGAAAAAGCACGUGAAGCAGAAAAUGAAGUACAUAUGUUGAAGGAAACUCUUCGAGUGUUGCAGGCUGAAAAGGAAUCUGGAUUAACCAAACAGAUGGAGUAUUUAGAAACGAUAUCAGAUUUGGAGGAAAAGGUGAAGGGUAUGAACAAAUUAGCAUUUGAAACAGAAAGCAAUGGCCGAGAUUUGAUGAACAAACUCUCAAAAUUAGAAUCUGAAAAUGACGCAGGUCUUUUGCAAUAUGGUAAAUGUUUGGAAAAGAUAUCGGUUUUAGAAAAGAAGAUUAUGGUAGCCGAAGAAGAAGCCAAAAUGUUUUCUGAUAAAGCUGCUGAAGCAGAAAUGGAAGUAAAGAAGCUUAAAAAUGCUCUUUUGGUUUUAUCCGAAGAGAAAGAAGCUGUACGAGUUUUAUACGCGGAAUGCCUUGAGAAAUCUUAUAAACUAGAACUUGAUCUUUCUUCUGCUCAAUCAGAUGUUGAACGUCUCACCACUGAGAUUCUGAAUAGCACUAAAAAACUUAAAAAUGUGGAAGAGAUUUGUGUUCGUUUGGAGACAUCAAAUCAAUCUUUAAAAAUGGAAGCAAGUGACUUAGCUAAUCGAAUCAUGUUAAAAGAUAGAGAAUUAUCUGAUCGACAUGAUGAACUGGAGAAACUUCAAACCUAUGCAAAAGAAGAACAUACACAUUAUGUUCAAGUUGAUGCUGCACUUCAAACCUUGCAGAUGUUAUACACUCGAUCUCAAGAAGAACAGAGGAAUCUUGCAAUGGAGCUAAAGAAUGGUCUUCAGAUGGUGAAAGAUUUGGAGACCUCCAAAUCGGGUUUAGAAGAAGAAAUAAAUAAAGUUAUGGAUGAAAAUAACAGCUUGAAGAAUACAGAAGUAGAAAUUGUGGGAUUGAAGCAAAUGAAGGAAAGACUGGAAGAGGAGGUAGCAUUGCAGUUAGGUCAAUGCAAUGCUAUGCAGCAAGAAAUUUUUAAUCUGAAAGAUGAAAUUUCGGAAUUAGAUAAGAGUUAUAGUUCGUUAAUGAGUCAAAUAGAAUUGGUUGGUUUGACUCCAGAAUCAUUUGGGUCCUCAGUUAAGUACUUGCAGGAUGAAAACUCGACGUUGAAACAGAUUUGUGAGAAAAAUAGCGACUAUGAAGAGAAGAUAAAAAAUGUAGUCGAGAAGAACACUGAUUUGGAGAGUUCAUGUGAAUUGCUCCAUGUAGAAAAGUCUGCUGCUGUUCUCGAAAAAACUGUUCUUUUGUCUCAGUUACACAUCAUUACUGUUAAUAUGCAGAAACUCAUGGAUCAGAACACUGUUCUUGAGAACUCUCUAUCAACCGCAAACGUUGAAAUUGAUAAUCUCAGAGAAAAGUCGAAGGGUUUGGAAGACCUAUGUGAGUUGCUGAACAAUGAGAAAUCUAAUCUUGUUGCAGAAAGAAGCAUGCUGGCUUCUCAAUUGGAGAACGUCCAGAAGAGAUUAGAAAUUCUUGAGAAUCAGUUCAUGCAGUUUGAAGAUAGAUAUGGGGUUCUGGAGAAAGAAAAAGAAACAGGAAACUCUCAGUUACUAGAAUUAUUGUCAUCUUUAAGUGUGGAGAAACAAGAACGUGAGAGUUUCAUGAUGACAAACCAGAAACGGUUGACUGAUUUGGAGGAUCAUAUUCAACGUCUUCAAGAAGAUGACAAAUUGAAGAAAGAAGAAUUUCAGGAAGAACUUGAUAAAGCUGUGAUCGCCCAGUUCGAGAACUUCAUUUUACAAAAGUUUGUAAAAGAGGUUGAAGAAAAGAACUACUCACUUUUGGUGGAGAACGAGAAACACAUCUCAGCAUCGAAGUUGGCUGAUAAGUUGAUUUGUGAGCUUGAGACUGAAAUUCUUGAGCAACAGGUUGAAGAAGAGCUCUUGUUGGUAGAAGUUGAAAACCUGAGAUUGGGGAUUUAUCAAAUAUUUUUAUCUCUGGAAGUUGGUUCAUCUGGUGUAUUCAAAGCUGGAUAUGAAACAGCAAAGAUAUCUGUCGAAGAGAUUAUCGGUAACAUCAAGAAUUUGAAACGUUCUCUUUUGAAAGAAGAAGAUGAUAAGCAACGGUUAUUCAUUGAGAACAAUGUUAUGUUAACUCUCUUGCAGCAACUUAAAUUAGGAUUCCAGGAAUCAGAAGUCAAAAUCAAAGCUCUGGAGAAGGAAAGAGUUAAAAUAUCUAAUGGUAGUGCAGUUAUGAGAAGGAAAAUGGAAGGCCUUCGUAAGGUGAACAAAAAUCUUGAAAUGGAAUUGGAGAUGUUACAUGAAGAACUUGAGGAGCGGAAGAAUAAUGAAGAGAAUUUGAAUUUCGAGCUGCAAGAACGAGAGAAUGAAUUUGAAUUAUGGGAUGCGGAGGCUACUUCUUUCAUUUUUGAUCUUCAAAUGUCAAACACUCGUGAUAUUCUCUUUGAAAGUAAAGUUCAUGAACUGACUGAUGUUUGCAAGAGUCUUGAAGGUGAAACUGCAUUGAAGGAUUUGGAGAUUGCAGAAAUGAAACAAAAGGCUAGUAUUAUGGAGACAGAAAUUGAAGAAUUGAAGGCACAGUUGGUUGCAUAUACUCCAGUUAUUGGUUCUUUGAAGGAGAAUCUUUUGUCUCUUGAACAGAAUGUUUUCACUAUGGCAAAUCUUUUGGUAUCAAACAACCGCAAAUCAGAGGAUUUGAAAGUGAAAGGUGAUUUCAAUCAUCAUCAGGGUGAUGUAUCGGUGAAUGAGAUUCCAAAAAUAAUUAAACCAAAUGGGAUCUCGGAUUUGCUUGAGUUUCAGACUCGUAUAGUGGCACUUGAAAAAGUCAUUGUGGAAGAUAUAAACUCAGUUGCAAUGCGUGAAAGCACCGAAGAGUUGAAGAAAUCCAACGAGGACCAAAAACGUAGCAAAGCUGAAAAGUUACGUGGGAAACGUUAUCUAACGCUAGAUAACCUUAAUCUUACGAAGCCUAAACCCGAAAUAACUGAAGUAAAAAAGGGGGUUUUGAUAAGAGACAUCCCACUUGAUCAGGCAUCAGAUAGCUCAUCAUCUGCAAAUAGCAGGAGCAGAAGCAGAAGAGGGUAUUCACAAACCGACGAUAUGAUGAUUGAGCAAUUGCAAAUAGCCCACAAAAUGUACGAAACGCAAAAGAGCUCCAAAAAGCUACCGUACGAGCCACAAAUAGAAGAUUUUGGUGUCGACAAGUUAGAGGUACCAAGUCAACAGUCCAGAAAAGGAAAGCUAUUAGAAAGACUCGCUUCUGAUGCCCAACAACUUGCAAAUCUAGAGACGACAGUGAAGGAUCUAACUAAAAGAAUCGAGACCGGGAGAAAGAGUAAAAAAACAACUGGUGUAGAUUUUGGGACUGUAAAAGAACAACUAGAAGAAGCUGAAGAGACCAUUCUACAACUUGUGAACGUGAACGUCGAGUCAACUGCUACCAUUGAGAAAAACCCUUCUUUAGCAGCUUGGGUAGAGCAAGACGACACAUGGAAAAGCUCGGAAAAAAUCAAAAGAGUGCAACUGGAGGUUCAGAAGAUUCAAUACGUGUUGCUGAAGCUGGAUGAUGAAAAGAAAAUAAAAGGGAAGAGCAGGUUUUCAAGGACCAAAAGUAGGACGAGUGUGAUCUUGCGUGAUUUUAUUCACCAUGGUAGAAGCAACAGUGGAAGAACCAGAAGGCGUCGUCUUUGUGGGUGUUUCACUCCAUCUGCGAUAAAAGGAGACCGUAUUAAAAGUUAGUGUUUCUGCUUCUAACUUUGAUGAUGAUUGAUGACUGGAUUUAUUAUCCGGUAAUGUUUUAUUUCUAGAGUCUAGAGUAAUGAGUAAGUAUGUUGUACUUGAUUUUAUUUUCAGUGAUGUAUCGUCGGAUUUGACUCGUAGGUGCUAUUUUAAUUUUUUUUUUAUUUGAAUAACUGGAACGUUUGAUUAUGUGUAAGAUAUUCCCUACUUUUUAUUAAAAUCCACGGUAGCUAUCAUUUUCCC